AUGCAUACAACACAGACACACACGUAUAUAUAUAUAUGUAAACUUCUGAGCUUCUAGCCCGCACCCACCCCUAGUGCCGCUUUGUCUGGUUUGAGAAUUUCUUCCUGUGGCUGUUGGUGGCUGGCGGAUGCAGUUUCGCUGGGAGUAAGGUUGUUCAUUCGCCCCAAAGCUACAAGCAGUGAGGAUCUGUCCCAGUCUCUCCUGCUUUCACCAGUUACAACCUUCGCCUUUGUAAAGUAGUGUGGGCACUGGAACUGGAAGCAUGGCGGACGUGGAACUGACCCACCAACCGCUUCAGAGUCCCGGUAUCCGUCUGGGACAGGAGACCACUGGCAUCAGCACCUUGGAACCAGGGCAGAAACCACCCAACUCUCCCUCUGGCAAACUCGUCCCCAUCAAGGUUCAGAUGCUGGAUGACACCCAGGAGGUGCACGAAGUUCCGUUAAAAGCCCCCGGGAAGCACUUGCUGGAUUUGAUUUGCCACAAUCUGAACCUCAUUGAAAGUGAUUACUUUGCACUGGAGUUCUUGGACCAUCACAAGGUUAUGGUGUGGCUGGACCUACUGAAGCCAAUUGUGAAACAAGUCAAAAGGCCGAGGCACGUUGUGAUGAGAUUCGUCGUGAAGUUCUUCCCACCUGAUCACACGCAGCUUCAAGAAGAACUGACAAGGUACCUCUUUGCAUUGCAAAUCAAACAGGACCUGGCCUCGGGCAGAAUGACCUGCAACGAUACAAGUGCAGCUCUCCUGGUCUCUCACAUCAUCCAAUCGGAAAUUGGAGACUUUGAUGAAGAUGUUUUCUCUGAGCAUUUGGCAAAGCACAAGUACAUCCCUCAGCAAGAAGCUCUAGAGGGGAAGAUAAAGGAGUUUCACCGCCAGCAUGUUGGUCAAACACCUGCGACUUCUGACUACCAGCUCCUGGAGAUCGCGAGGAAGUUGGAAAUGUAUGGAAUCCGCCAGCACCGAGCGAAGGACAGGGAAGGGUCGAAGAUCAACCUCUCUGUGUCGCACACGGGAAUUAUUGUCUUCCAGGGGAAUAACAAGAUCAACUCGUUCAACUGGGCCAAGGUUCGCAAGCUGAGCUUCAAAAGGAAGCGGUUCCUCAUUAAGUUCCGUCCAGAGACAAAUUCCUGUCAGGACACCUUGGAGUUUACCAUGGCCAGCCGAGAUUCCUGCAAGGCCUUCUGGAAGAUCUGCGUGGAAUAUCAUGCCUUCUUCCGACUGUUUGAGGAGCCAAAACCCAAACCCAAGCCCCUCCUCUUCAGCCGAGGAUCCUCCUUCAGGUUCAGUGGGAGGACCCAGAAGCAACUGCUGGACUAUGUUAAAGAAGGCGGAUACAAAAAGAUACAGUUUGAGAGGAAACACAGUAAAUUGCGGUCCAUCCGAAGUCUGCCAGAUCAUCAGUCAAUGGUGCCAAAACAAAGUGACGACUUUCCCUACAGGACAGAGUGCCCGUCAACGGGACCUCCGUCUCCCAGCGAGAGGAAAGAGCCGGCGGCUCCCCGCCUGGCUGCCGAGAAGCCAGCGGCAGAGAGCAAGAGUUCCUCACCGUCCCGAAGCCCCAGGAGGGACAAGCAGGAGGAGGAGGCGGCGGCGAGGGAGAAGACCCAGCUGGCGAAGGCACAGCAAGACCAACAGAGUGCAGUGUCCCUGGCAUGCAGCCCUCAUGUCUCGGAGCUCUCGCUGAAUUCCCAGGCUGGGCCCGGUGUCCUGAACCUCUCCCUGUCUCCCAGCCUCAGCCCGGACGGCAGGACGCACUCACCAUUGACCACACCCUUGCUGACGGACACCACUUGUGUCAAGGCCGACGAAGAGGAGGAAAUGAGGAGGAAGCGUUUCCCAGCCGACAAAGCCUACUUUAUUGCCAAAGAGGUGUCCACCACCGAACGAACCUACCUGAAGGACCUUGAAGUCAUCACAACGUCUUUCCAGAGUGCUGUGACCAGAGACGAUGUCAUGCCGGAACAGUUGAAGACCAUGAUCUUCUCCAACUUUGAGCCUCUCCACAAGUUUCACACCGGCUUUCUGAGAGAGGUUGAACAAAGGCUCGCUCUGUGGGAAGGCAGAUCCAAUGCUCACAUUAAAGGCGAUUACCAAAGAAUUGGAGAUGUAAUGUUGAAGAAUCUGCAUUCCAUGAAGCACCUCACCUUCCAUCUGCAGAAGCACAGCGAGAUUCUGGUGGAGCUGGAGAAGGCCAUCCGGAGUUCCCGGAAGCUGGAGGCCGCGUGCCGGGAAUUUGAGCAGCAGAAAGUGUGCUACCUCCCUCUGAACGUAUUCCUGCUGCGUCCUCUUCACCGGCUGAUGCACUAUAAGCAGAUCCUGGAGAGGCUGUGCAAACACUACCCGCCCAGUCACGUUGACUUCAGAGAUUCGCGGGCGGCACUGGCAGAGGUGGCGGAAAUGGCUGCACAACUGCAUGGCAGCAUGAUCAAGAUGGAGAACUUCCAGAAGCUGGUGGAGCUGAAGAGGGAUCUGCUCGGCAUCGACGAUCUGGUGAUUCCUGGAAGGGAAUUCAUUCGUCAGGGAUGCCUCAGCAAGCUGUCUGCAAAGGGGCUACAGCAAAGGAUGUUCUUUCUGUUCAACGAUAUUCUUCUGUACACAAGCAGAGGGCUGACAGCAUCCAAUCAGUUCAAGGUUCACGGCCAGGUCCCUCUCUACGGUAUGACGGUCGAGGAGAGUGAGGAGGAGUGGUCGGUUCCUCACUGCUUUACCCUAAAUGGACAGCACCAGACCAUCAUUGUGGCCGCAAGUGCCCGGGUGGAGAUGGACAAGUGGAUAGAGGACUUGCAGAUGGCUAUUGACCUUGCCCAGCAGUGCAAUGGGUUAAGCAGCGAGCUACUGACCCCUAGUCCUAGUGAAGGGACUAACAAAUCAACUGAUGAGACGUCCAUAGAGCAGGAAUCUGAAGAUGAUUUAAGUGCCUCAAGGACCUCUCUUGAGAGACAAUCACCUCACCGUGGAAAUACCACCAUGCACGUUUGCUGGCACAGAAAUACCAGUGUUUCAAUGGUGGAUUAUAGUAUUGCUGUGGAGAAUCAGUUAUCUGGGAACUUGCUGAGGAAGUUCAAGAACAGCAAUGGCUGGCAAAAGCUUUGGGUGGUCUUUACCAACUUCUGCCUUUUCUUCUACAAAUCACAUCAGGAUUCCCAUCCAUUGGCAAGCUUGCCACUGCUGGGUUAUUCAGUUACCAUCCCAGCAGAGUCUGACAACAUUCACAAGGACUACGUCUUCAAGCUACAGUUCAAGUCACACGUUUACUUCUUCAGGGCUGAAAGUGAAUAUACGUUUGAAAGGUGGAUGGAAGUGAUUCGAAGUGCCACCAGUUCUGCUACUCGUACGCGUCUGCUGAGUCGCAAGGAAUCUCAUGCUUAUUGAUCACUCCUGUGGGGGGGGGGCCCCCUCUCAAACACUCUGACUUCCAUCAUGCCUUGAUUCCUUUUCUUAAAAGGAAAAGUUAGUUUAUCUUUAAGAUACGCCAUGGCCAUAUAGUUAAUUUACAAUUUCAACAAUCAUUGUGAUGUUCUUGUUACCCCCCCCCCCCCCCCACCAUCACUCCCAGCUUAUUCCAAAAUAAGGCAAAAUUCAACACUGGGCAGAUUGUCUUACAGCCUAGAGUUAAAAUGUUUGAAAAUUAUGUGUAUAUAUAUAAAAAAAAAUUAGUCAACCUUCUGCCUGGACAGGAGUUUGAAAGAUUGUGUAUCCAGAAUGUACUUGUCUUAAAACUGUAACCCAUAUAUGAAGUGUUUGACAACUUAACUAUUGUAGACAAACUUGAGCUUUAGACCAGCGAUGUUUAGGUACUGACUGAUACCGAUUUGACAAUCAUGUGGUAGGUUCAGAUCAAGUCUAUGUCUGGCCUGUACUGACAAUGAUUUAAAGAAGCCUCAGCUUUUAUAAAGGCCCCAGGUGUAUUAUCCUUGCCCGAAGACACAGACACUUUGAACACAAGUGAACAUAAAAAAAUUUAUCUUAUUUAGCAAGUUGUAAAAAUUGCUGCCGUAUUUAGAGCAGCUGUGGUUCACUUCUAUUUACAAGUCAGAUUGGAAGCGUCCCUUGCUGAGAAGCUGAUUAGAUAUUUACAAAGGCUCCUUUUGUGCAAGACACUAACUCGUUUCCACAUCUUGUCAGAUUUCCACCUACUGUUUUUAUUUAGCAUGAUCAAAUGGUUUGGAGGCUUAUACAUUGUCAGAGCACAACUUAUAAAAUUUGGAAUAGUUUUGCCAGAAGGGAAUAAAAUAUUAAAUUGUUUGUGGAUUUAGGGACUACACUGCUAAUACACUACACUCUAGUUCCACUGAAGUAAAAGCUUGUUUCCAGGAUAGCUGUUUUUACAAAAAUAGACAGUUUUAAGUUUAUUGAUUCCCUAUUAACUCUGUCAACAUCCAAUUUGUCAGGACUUUUUUUUGGGGGGUGGGUGGAGAAGAUACAAAGAGAAUAUGAAAUAUUGGUGAUGCUGUUGUUCUUGAACAAACAGUUGGCAUCACCAAGAAACAGACAAUCCCAUUCCAUAAGCUCAUCCCCGGAGAGUACGAGCAGCACCUACAAUGUAUAGCCUCUGACACUAAACAAUAACUUACCUUCAUUUGCUGGGUGAGCAAACACUGUUGUAUCUUUGAUAAGGUGGAUUCUGAGUUUUGGACAAGAUGUGAAAUGGAAUCGAUUUGUAAAGCAAAGGUCAGAAGAUGGAAUCGUUCUCAACAAUCUCAUUACUUUGUGAAGAUUAAUCCUUGAAUGUGACCUAAAACAUUAAUUUUCAAAAGAGCUAAGUCUUGGGGAGGGACCUGAGAUGAUGGUUAACUUAAUUCAGUGUUAACUUGGCCAACAUGGAUAAUGCUAUUGUAUUCUGUCUCAAAUCAUUAUUACCUAGGCAUUCUACACAGCUUUAUGUGAUUUCAGUACACUAGGAAUAAUACAGAGAGCAAAGUUGCAUACUGCCAAGUUUACUGGUAGAACCGUCAUUCCCUGUGGUAAGUUCUACACCUUUUUCAUCUGAGGAAUUCUCUGGAGUUUACCUAAAAUUACUGAAUAUUGAUGAUAAUUACCAAAGCAUCCAGAUUUUGGAGCUACAUCCAGGUCACAGAAGGUAGAAUACCACAGACAGAGGUCCACAUACCCAAACGAAUGAUCAGAGCUUCCGGUAUAUGGGGCUUCUGCAUCAGAUCCAUGAAAGAGUUCCCAAAGGCCUGUCACCUCUCCCCAACCCCACUCUGCCAAUGGCCUUCUUAAGCCCUUUACAAACAUUAACAUUAUCUUUGGCAAAACAUUUGUUUAGAAGCCUAUCGACUAACAGGGUCAACUUGCCUUAGCCAGUGUCAGGAGGAGGCCUUUUGCAAGGAUUCAUACUAGACAUUAGCCAGCAUCUUCCACUGAGGCCUUGUUGAAUUACAAAGGGUAAAAAUUCCUGACUAGUUCAGGUACUUACUCCCUAUUGUGCCUCUUCAUGGGGGCAAGAGGGGUGUAUUCUCUCUUGCCUUGAUCCCACCAAAGCCCACUGCUGUACACUGAAUGGCUGUAGCGUGAACAGGGUAUUCCUCCCCUGAAUUCCAGUUUUUUUUGGUGAAGGCUGGAAUUUAAGGGCCACAUUUUGAGUUUGCCUUACUGACAUUUGUCAAGAGCUAUCUUGGCACAAGGAAAAUGAUUACAAUAUCCAACAAUCAGAAAGCCAGUACUGAAUCAAGCGUUUAAAAUGCUGGAGUUAAAAGAUUCUAAAAAAAACUGAAAAAGUAAUUCUAUUAGAAGGUUAUUUGUUGGGAGGAGCUGCACUGAGUAUAAUUAUACAAAUGCAAAAGUUACAGUGGAAUUUCAGAUGACUGUAACCAAAUGUUAAAGUCACUAAGUGCGCAACCAACCUGUCUACAAACUUUUGCAAGGAAAGAGUUCCUCUUUUAUAACUAAUUGUAUGGAAUUUGACUUUUUAAAAUGGCCUAAACCAUUUCAAUAAACUCUACCUUGGCAUCCA